UCCAAUUCUCAACUGAUGCUAAACACUCACUCGUGGUGAGAACGAGAACUAGCGACGCACGAUGCCUCCGAAGUCCGUGAAACCAACCAGCGAUGAGCUUCUCGCUCAAUUUGACGACCUAGGGGUCGACUCGGCCACGGAUCAGCCUGCCUCCAAGCCAGCUACCACGGCGCAAACUGAAGACGACAUUCUUGCCGAACUGGAUAACCUAGCUUCCCAGCGUCCGAGCAGUGGGCCCGGGACCCCGCGUCUAUCGACAAAUGAGCCCAGGCCGGCCGUCAAAUCCCCUCAACCUGCUGCAGCUACACCCUCAACUGGGCGUUCCAGUGAGGAGAAACCCGUGCCCCGUAAGUCCACGGAGAGUGCCCGGGUUUCGUUUGCGGUCGACAAAGAUGCGGAUGUGCAGUCAUCCAAGACCGAGAAACCAGCAGCCAAAGAGUCCGCCUCGAGCGGUGGUGGUGGAUGGUGGGGAGGCAUUUUCGCAACUGCGACCGCGACUGCCAGUGCUGCAAUGAAGCAGGCUGAAGCGGCAGUGAAAGAAAUUCAACAGAAUGAAGAAGCCCAGAAAUGGGCUCAGCAGGUGAAAGGGAAUGUCGGCGCUCUGAAAGACUUCGGUGGUGAGCUUCGAAACAUGGCCAUUCCUACGUUUACCAAUCUUAUCCACACUCUCGCCCCCCCGAUCUCAUCUCAUGAACGCCUUCAAAUCCACAUCACGCACGAUAUCUCGGGGUACCCCGCCAUUGAUCCGCUUGUUUACGCUGUCUUCGCUCGUGUGAUGUCCCAGGUAGAAGGUGGAGAUCUUCUUGUGAUCCAACGUGGUCAAGAAUCUGCGCCAAAACGGGGGUUGGAUAUAACGGGUAGCCAGUCUACCCCUGGCUGGCGCGACGGCCCAUGGUGGCGCACAGUUAUGCCUGGAACCCCUCGCAGCAUCUCGGCCGUGCCUGGCUCUGUAGAGGCUAGCAAGCUCGCUCGCGCAAGCGCAGAGUCUUACGCUACCGAGUUCUUCUCUGCCAAGGGUGGAGUUGAAGAAGCUGCGAAACAAGCUAGCCAGGUUCUGAGCGAAUCCAACCCUGUUCGGAGCAGUGAUAUCUUCCUCGCCAUCCAGGCGAUUAGCCAACCUUCCUCCACCGAGCAGUUCCGGGCUGGUCCAACCACUGACAAGGCGACCCCGCCGGGCGUAGUUGAUGCUCCCAGCGCUACGGAAGAGGAGGCGGUUCCACAGAAAUGGAUUGACUGGCUCGAUGCAGCUGUUCCAGCCACCGAAGACCCUGCAGCCGAUGACAUGUGGCACCGAGCUCCUGUUCCAGAAGACAUUGCGGAGAUCAUCGAAAGUGGCGGCGUUGACCCUCGUGAAUGGGCUGCUGAAUGGAUCGAAGAAGCGCUCACUUUAGCUAUCGGCGUGGUGGCGCAACGCUAUGUGGCCCGGAGAAUGGGGGUUGGAGAGGCGGGAGCCGCAAAGGGCAAGAUGCGCGCUGAGCAGGCUUCAGUCGUGGAAAGCGGCGCAGGAGAGGUGGCGCGGGCGCUCUAG